AUGUACAACGGAAUAGGUUUACCGACUCCUCGGGGAAGUGGCACCAAUGGUUACGUUCAGAAAAACCUGGCCUUCAUUGGAACUGUCAAGGAAAGGGUACCGUACAAAACUGACGAUGAUUUGAAGCGCGCGGAUGCUUUGUUCUUCAAAGAACCGAAUAAAGAAAUAUUGGAGCAUGAAAGAAAAAGGAAAAUCGAAGUCAUCUGUUUUGAACGAGAAUUACUUAUGGAGGAACAAGGAUACACUGAAGAGGAAAUCAAAAAUAAGGUUUCUGUUCUCCGUGCAGAGCUUCUCGAGAAACUUAAAUCUGAAGAAGUCAAGAAGAAAACGCCGCUUUCUGCAGCUGUUGCUAUCAUUAAAAACACGGUAUUCAAAGAAGCGCUUGGUAUCGGUGCCGACUUCCAGGAGGGGAACUCUAUGGAGCAGGCAAAUCAGAGGCGCAAAGAAGAGCAGGAAAACAAAAAGCUCCUGGAACAACAGAAGCAACUGAGUUCGUUUUAUCCAACUCAUGUAGAUAUCUGUGUUUCUCGGUUCAGUCGUCAAAUGCAGUCAAUCAGUAAUGAGAAAAAGCAGAGUUGGCGUACACGGGACAGGUAUUAA